UACAAUGACUUUUUUUAAUGAUUUAAUUGUGAAAAUUAGCACUUCUUUUGAGAUUUUGAAACUAAUAUUUUGGAAAAGAAGACGAUUUACAAAAAAAGUUGAUUUAAAUGGUAAAGUAGUGUUAGUAACGGGUGCUAACACUGGGAUCGGCAAAGAAACUGUAUAUCAAUUGGCAUUAAGCGGUGCUAAGGUGAUAAUUGGGUCCAGAAAUGUUGAAAAAGGUGAAAAUGCCGCCAAAGAUAUCCGUUCCCGAUAUGAAAAGGCCAACGUUGUGGUCAUGAAACUAGAUUUGGCAUCAUUUGCAUCUAUAAGACAGUUUGCCAAAGAGCUUAAGGAACGGGAGUCAAAAUUGGAUAUAUUGGUUAACAAUGCGGGUGUUAUGCGCUGUCCUUACUCUACAACCGAAGAUGGUUUUGAAAUGCAAUUUGGAACCAAUCACUUGGGUCACUUUUUAUUGACUCUAUCAGUGAUGAGUCUUCUUCAGUCGGCACCGAAGGCCAGAAUAGUGAACGUUUCGGCCGCUCUUUACGUUUUCGGAAAAAUACAUUUUGAAAACAUUAAUUUGCGUAACAAUGCUUACACACCACUAAUGGGUUACUAUCAAAGCAAAUUAGCUAAUAUACUCUUUACUAAAGAGUUAGCCACACGUCUCGGUUCAAAAAGUAGUGUCAAUGCUUAUAGUUUACAUCCCGGAGUCAUUGAGACUGAAUUACAGCGAAGUUUCCCGAAAUGGAUGACACGUUUGGGUAAAAUUCUGACAAUUAGUCUCGAAAUGGGUGUCCAAACAACACUGUAUUGCGCUUUGGAUGAUAGUCUUGACAAUGAAUCCGGAUAUUAUUAUGAUGAUUGUCAAAGAGUUAAACGAAUGACAACAAAUGCCACGAAUGAAGAGUCAGCCAAAAGAUUGUGGGAAAUGAGUUGCGAUUUGACUAAACUUGAAGAUCACUUUAGAAUCAAUUAAUUAUAUAAUAAUUUACAUUUUAUUU